AGCUUAGAGUAUGUCCGAGGAUGAUCCCGAUCCGUGUCACCAGUAGCAGCAGCAGUAGUGGAAGGCUGUAUGCAGAACAUGAGCAGGGCUGACGAGUUGCACAUCAGGGAUAGACUCAUGAUGUUGGCGGAAUCGACGAAGCCGUUCAACGUGAAGCGGAAAUCGAUUAACAAGCAGAACUCGAAAAGCGGUCCUCCAGUACCGAAACUCAGCAUGCAGGAUUUUGUGCGUAUGGAUCCCAGUUACACGCCGGAUAUAGAGCAUCUGGUGUUUCCCGGAAGGAAGAGGAAUCCGCAGCAGGUGUCACCAUCGAUCUUACCAUCAGCAGGAAAAACGCGAUCCCGACUCGCCGAGAUGUUCGCUCUGAGUAGACACCUCCAGCAGAGAUCUGCGGAUCGGGACACGCCGAAUCCGAGGACCAAUCCGGUGACGAUCAAUAGGAGUGUGGACAGCGUGCUGGAGGCGCCUCGAGACAGGAGGGUCAACGCGACAGAAAGACGGUGGGCGGUCGAGGAACAACCAGUCCGAUCCACGAGGCUCAGUCCGAGCAACGAGCCCGACAUGGCCACAACAAGGGGGCCGAACGUGUCCAUUCUUCAUCUGAGGAGCACCUCGGAGCCAUGGGAGACGAGCCCCACGUCGGUGUUCACCACGUCUACGGGAAGUUCGAGGUCGUACUCUUCGGGGAGGAGCAGCGCCACAGGAGCAUCCCUCACGAAACAUCAGUCCUUGGGGAGCUCGUACUCGCAGUCCUACAAGCAUUCGCAGAGUAUGCAUCCGAGGAGCGAUAGCUUCUCCGCAGAUAUGUACUUGGGGAGCAGCAGCUGUCGCAGGGAGUUGUCUCCGGUGAGGUGGUGCGAUCGGGAGGUUGAUGGUGUCUAUUUAGGAAGAUCGGGUUGGGUGCAAGUUCAACAGAGAUCUUUGGAUGAAAGCAGAAGGGUCAGUUAUGUAGCAGAUAAGGCUAUAGCUUCGCGGAGAACCGGAUUAAAGUUGGCGGAAUACCAGCACGUCAAUAACGUGAAGAUGAAACAGGAACCGCAGAGACCCGUUUAUCUUCCCCUGAAGAACAAAGACUUUAGCCGCACCCCGUCGCCGGAUCGAGGCCCACCGGAAUCUCCGCCACCCUCGAUCACGCCCAUAAUAUCGCCGCCUCCUGCAUUCCAGGAUCGCAACAAAUUGACGAAGACCAGGACGUUCUUCGGGAAGCCACCGUUUCUACCGCGAUCGAACGCCAUCAUCGACAGCGACGUGAGUCCUCCGCCUUCGCCGCCACCAACUUGGAAGACGGCGAAAACCGCCUCACUGCCCCCGGCGACACAACGAAAAUCGAAAUCGCCGAUGACCGAAGCCCAAAAGUAUUCGCGCAUACCGCAAACCAAAUCGUUGGAGGAUACUUCAGCCAAUCGCAGAUCGCGCUUCGUGCAGAAAUACGGGGAAUCCUCUUCGUCGAGUUCGCAGUCAUCUUCGAUGGGUUUCCGUAGCUUAGACAGUUACGUGCCCAGAUGCAAGGCGAUGCCUAGGCUCUCGGAAAACACGGAUUCUUCCAUAGACGUUUACGAGGACGCCGAUGAAGAGGAUAACAAUAGCUCUUCGUUGAACAUCAGCAUACCACCAAAAAGUUCGAAUCAAGUGGAAAGACCUAGGGAGAAGAUAUCGCCUUCGAACCGCACCAGCCGCUUGACUUACAGAAACCAGAUCAGAAGAUCUCCAGUGGGAUCAGAUGCAAAGCCAACCUCGCCGGGAUCUUCAUCGUCGAGCAGCAACGAAUUCCCGUCGCGUUCGCCUUCAGGAACAUCAAGACGCACUCCGCCUUCGAGGAAUUACCAGGAGGAGCAGAAUUCGCGCGUGAGACGUUCGCGAAGCCUUCAACUCCCAGACCGCAAAACUCAAAAUUACCGUGAAAGGAUCAGCCCUCAGCAGCAACAUCCUGAAUCGCACAGAAUAGUCUUGAAAGUUCCCAGCAAGAAAUUGGAUGAAGACAUGUUGCGUGAAGCUGAAGUAGUUACAGGUUUCCUUUACGGUUCCCGAAGCCGAGCCGCGGCUCAAGCGCUCCUCAUGCAUCGCUACAACAAUCGCGAAGAAAAGAUCAAAGAUCCACCGAAACCUCCAAUCCUCAACAACGGUUACAACGUGUACUUUGUCGGCAACGGCAGCAAACCAAGCAAAUUAGUCAGAGGUUCCACAACACCAAACUUGAGCAACUCGAAGCAAGGAAGCAUCUGCAAUUCCGUCGACUGUUGGCCGCAAGCGAUUCCACCGCCGCAACCGAUGAUGAGAUCCUCGCAAAGCUAUCCCACUCAUCAAAGAUCUCUCGAAGUACCGGCUGAAAAAACUCAACUGGAGCUGAAAAAGAGAAACAAUUCGAAUAAGGCGAGGAAACCGAGUCCGAAUCGAAAAAGUGCAUCGUCCUCGUCGAGUGAAGUUUACGUGAACGCCUCCGUCGCCGUCACCGAGGCGUACGUCGCCGCCGUUCGCAGUCCUAGUGCUACGACUCCGGUUAACGUGGAGGAAGCGGCCUCCGUUGCGGCCAAGGAAGUGGUGCGCGAAGUGAUCCUGACUCGACCAGGCAGUGCCCCCGGCAAUGGGAACAAUGCUCCCAGCUUCUUGGAUUCCCAGCAGCGGUCGAUGUCCUUACCGAAGUCGUUCCUCUCCAGGCAAGG